AAUGGGAUUGGUCCCACAUAUAAUGGAUAAUAUAUUAUCCUAGCCUCUAUAAUUGAGGUUUAGCCAUUUGUAGAAGGCGGAGAGGUAGAAUAUGAACAGAGGGAGAUCAAGUGAUCAAUCUACAAAAGUAAAGAUCGAAAGGGUUGCAGAACCGGAUCCAUGGUCAUUAAGUCGAACUAUGCAAAUUAUUAUUCAAGAUGAUACCUAUAGAGACAUGAUUAAUUGGGAUUCAUUACCAAAAUCAUUUUUACCCCCCAAUUUUAAACUCGAGGACAGUGGCCUUUCAGAAUCAAAAGCUUUUAUCCUAAUGGUUGAACCAGAUGACUGCAUAGCUGCAGUUAAAGCGUAUAUUCAAGAAGAAAAGGAGAUUCCAUUUAAGAAACAGAAGCUAUUGAAUAAAGAUGGGGGAGUUUUAAGAGAUUCACAGACUCUUCUUUCUGCGGAAAUCAAGCAAGGUUCUACCUUAAUCCUUCGAUAUGCACCAAUAACACAAAUCUCUGUGAAAAUGCUAACUGGACGCACUAUAUGGUUAAUGGUUGAGGGUGAUGAUACCGUUGCAGAUGUUAAGGCUGUAAUUCAAGAAAAGGAGGGAAUUAGGUUUCAUAAACAGAGGUUACUCUACGAUGGACGAAUAUUAGAAGAUGACAAGCUUCUUGUCCACUGCGGAAUUCAGUAUGACAGUAUUUUGGAUCUUCUCUUAAGCUUGUGCGGUUGUUGAAUAUUGCACAAACUGGCAAGGAUAUAUACAGGAUUAUGUUUUUUUUAAUUGACUUUUAGUAGAUUUUCCAGCAGUUGUUGAACAACUUCCAGCAUAAUGUUUGGUAAGUUCCGUUGGAGCUAAGCAUGGAUCGAUUAUCCUUUUCAAUCAAUUUGUUAUCACUUUCUUUGUCCGUUUACACUUGUUGGUUUAGAUCUGCUACUACCUCAGGUAUUUUUGAAAUAUAUUGUUUAUGACUUUUUGGCUAA